AUUGAAUGUCCUUGGGGUUCAUGCGAGCUGUGGCGCGUUGUUUUGAUUUCCGUAAAGUCGGGGCUGCAAACUGCUGGCAAAAGUUUAAAUAAACUAGCAACAAACUCAAGCUUUUGAGAUUAGAAAUGGUCAGGUAGGCUUGUAGGUUUAACCGAGUUGGGGAUGAUGCAUUGGGGGCAUCAUCGCUCUGGGACUCUAGCAAACUGUCUAACCAAAUACAGUCACCAGCUAGCUAAUAGCUAUAGCAAGCCUGCUCUCUAGCCAACUUUAUCCUGUGGACUGGCUUUGAUUUAAAGCAUCUUGGUGUUAGCGAGAAGUCAACUGCAAAGCCCCAACAAGACUCCACACACAAGCGUCAGAAUGACUCAAGAAGACAGGGAAAGUCAGAAGCUUCUGUCAUUCCUGGGAGAAAUUCUUAUGUUCCAGUGCACCAUCCCAACUGAAAAUCAAAUGGAAUCAGAGCUAAAAUUCAUCAGACUGUCAUUUCAUCGAAAUACCAGCAGUUUUUUAAAGACACAAGAGGGAGUGGCUGUUAUCAUCAGAAAGAGUUCUCCAGCUGUUGAGAUAGUGAUGUGUUCUUCUGCUCUAGAUGUGAAAAAGCGAGUCACAAGACCCUGCGUUUUAUUGACUCAGUGUAUGAAGAAAGCCGGAUUUAAGUAUAGCCUUUUCAGUCUGAGUAACUCAAAUGCAUUGGAGUCAUAUAUGGAGUUUAAUCUGCCAUAUCGAAUGAGGGAUAAUGUUGAAAUCUUGCCGGGCCCAACUGUUCUGUGGAGUUAUGGUGAUGAUGUAUUCUAUACCCGAGCGGGUGAAGUUAGACAAAUGCCCAUCAAGCUCACUCUAAAUGUAAUCAGUGCGUUUCCUUUUAAUUCAGGAAAAACUUUCAUCUUAGGCUCCCAAACGCAUUCAAAAGAUCAGUCAGAAGAUGUGGGCAAAAGUAUUGGGUACUUGGUAGAGGAUGAAAAACUACUUGAUGGAGGUUCAAUUUUACCUCAUGCAUACAGUCCAAUUACACAGUGCAUCUUGGUGGUGUCAGCUGAAGAGGUGAACGAUGCAUUGAAAUCAGUUGUUGUUGCUGCAACCAGUAGAAAACAAUUGGUUUAUUUUGAGAAUGGAAUUCCCAGAGAUGUAUGCGAGCUCCCCUUUGAGGAACCAGUGGACAUUAAGAUGGUCAACUUAGGAAGAAAUGGCAGUCUCUUUGCCAUAUCAUUCAACCAGGGACAUGCCUGCGCAAUAUGGAAAGACACAUUUCAGGUAGCAUCAUGUUGGUCAGGUGUCCGUUCCCUUCAUGUGGAUGACUUCCUGGGUUGUGGAACAGACCAGAUAUUGCUGGUAUAUGAGAACCUUACUGAGAACCUGUUGGACAAUUUCCUUGUCACGGACCUCUGCGGAUCCACAUACUCAUGUUGCCAGGAGAGCAGAGAGGACAAAUCAUCUGAAACUGGGCGGGAAAACAUCCUUCUUACUGUAAAAGCUCUGGAGUCAAGGCUACAGAGCGGCUCCACUCUGCUGCAGGACCUCCAGAGAGAUGUGAGGGUGAAGGAGAAGGUCCUGUUGCAGUCGCUUCAAGCUCUCGCAGAUGCGGUCUCAGGGAGAGAUUAUGUUUUGACAGAACCUGAGCAAGAAGGCCUUGUAUCCCUGUGGGAUGAGGAAGAGGAGACAGAGGGUGAGACCUUGGAUGAGCCGAUGCAGGUCAUUCCAGUGACGUCACCAUCACCACUGGUGGAUAAGCUCUGGCAUCGCAUCAUCGACGACCGCUUGGUUGUGGGUGUCACACUCUCCCCAGGCGGCAUAAUACCAGUGGACAGUGUGAGUUUAUCCAUCCUGACAGAGACAGGUCAAAGCCCAGCUCCGGCGGUCCUCCAGAGCCAGAGCCGAUCGUCCUGGUUUCCUGUCCCCAGUCCCCCGCCUCUCCCCUCUCACCCACAACCCACAGCCAAGAGGAGCAGGCAGGAGCCAGGAGUCAGUCAUGAGGCCCAAUCACAGAGACUGGCAGUGACCGCUGUGACCUCACUAACCCCUCUACUGACCUCCAGCUGUGUUAAAUGCCCCGUCAUGCUCCAUUAUAUCCAGAGUCAGGGCUCCUCUGCUCAUGUCAACACGACCCUAACACCAGUGACCGUCCAGUGUGGUGAAGUCCCCGUAGACAUCCGUGCAGAACGAACCCUCCAGCUGCUGGACAACUGUAAACUCACGGCAGACAAUGCCAUGGAGGACCUGCUGAGCCUGCUGGCAGUCCUGGAUCGGUGGGUGUUCCACAUAGACUCUCCUGACCGCAGUCUGGGUGAUGUGUCUGUCUGGGUCCAGAGGAGCAUGCGCUGCGAGAAGCUGGACAUCAACCCACACUACCUCUUGUCCAGCCCAGCAGGCCCUUCAGCUGUCAUGCUGUUUCUCUGGCAGCAGAAAACUCCUUUUAGUGGAGAGCUGUCUGUCCACUGCAGCCAGUUCCAGUUGUUCCAGUUCCUGGAGUCUCUACGUGCUUUCCUGCCUGCCUCCUGUUCCAUUCUGCCUCUCAGACACGGGGGAUGUGAGACAACAUCUCAGCCUCCAGCCCUCUCCCUGUCCCUGGAGAGAGAGCUGCUGUCACUCAAAGAUGGUGUCUCAUCUCUGCUCCGUGGCGAGGAGGAGGAGGAGGGGGAGGCAGCCAGCAGAGGCAGACAGCUGCAGGUCCCAGACCCAGGCUCCGCCGAGGGCCUUCACACGUGCAGGGACAAGUGGGACCGGGACAAGGAGAGGAGCAGCAGGAGGUUGCGCCCCCUGGUGGAUGGGGACCGCUACCGCAGGCUGAUCCACAGCCUCGCCCAGAGGCAGCUGGAGGCAGAUGUGGCUGCUCUCCUGGACACACAGGGGACUGGGACCUGAUCUGGCCUGCGCUGACUUGUAGAUCUUCUAUCUCUGGCCAGAUGAGAGAGAACAAAUUAUGUCAGGAUAACGAUUCACUAUAGAGUACUUAGUAUCAAAUUUCCAUAUUCCUGUUUUACACAUCUGCCAUAUAAUCUAAGAAGAGUUAUCUAAUGGUUUUCCAGUUAAUUCAUAUAUUCUAUAAUGAAUCUAUGACUCGUGUCUCUCCUCUAGGCUCUGUUGUUACUACAGGAACGUAAGUGCAAAUAUAUGCAGUGAUAAUGAGGAGUGCCAGUAUGGUGAAGUCAUGGUGCAGUUCAUUAUUUAAACACCAUGUUUCACAUCACUUUGAUGUGAUUCACACACUGACAUACAUUAUAUUUUCUUCAUGUGUGUGUCAGUUUCUUUUCCCACCUGGGAUGUAUCACCACCUGGGAUUUAACACCUCUAAACUGUGUUCGAUACUGCUCUGCCACUCUGCUCACCCCUUAGACCCUUAGUCUUGUCUGCAGGAACACUCUAGAAGGUCUUGGAGCUUCAGUUUGCAGCCCAGUGGGAGAUGGAGUCCUCCUAUUACUGAGGGAGCGAUGCUAUUCGCGUGUUCAGAAAUAUCUGGGGAAGAGCUACGCCUUUAUGGUGUGCUCCACGCUUAGCACACUGCGAAAGCUUUUAGUGCCACUCUCCCCCUUAAGGAUCAGUUUAUUUUCGGUUUGGAAAAAAGGAUGUAAAAAAUAAAUAAAGUGAAAA